UCUCAACUUAAAACAGAGUCCCAUUGACCCAAAUAACAAAAAAAAGAUCCAAAAUCUUCAACACAACCCAACUGUCUCUAAAUCUGACAAAAAUGAGCGAAGACGGGAAAAACAGAGGAGUCCCCGCCGAACACCACCAUAUUCAGCAUCAGCAAUAUGAGGGUCAGUACGGCACCUUCCAAGGCGUGGCCAACUAUCCGCCGCCACCUCCAGUGAUGGGCUUGCCUCAGCCUGUCCCGCCGCCCGGCGCCACCGAGCCCUCUGCUCCUCCGCCCCCUCCCCCUCAGUACUAUGCUCAGGGAUAUCAAAACGCUCCAGUUCAAGGUUACGCUGUUGCUGAGGGAAGACCAGUGAGAGAGCGUCGCCUUCCUUGCUGCGGUAUAGGUUGUGGCUGGUUCCUGUUUAUUAUUGGUUUCUUCCUUGCUGCCAUCCCCUGGUAUGUUGGGGCACUUAUUCUAAUUUGUGGCAGAAUUGAUUAUAGAGAGAAACCAGGAUAUAUUGGCUGCAUGGUUGCUGCUAUUCUUGCUACCCUUGCCAUCAUUCUUGGUGCGACAAAAGGAGCUGAUGAUUGGUGAUCAUUCAGUGAGGAGUUGUAUAGGUAGCAAAAUGGAUGCAUGUUCUUGUCUCGAAUCCUGAAAUUUUAUUUUGAGUGUGGAUAUGUUAGAAGAGUUAUCAGGAAACUAGUGAAAGGAAAAAAAAAAUUAAAAAAAAAAAAAAAAAAUCUUACAUUGAAACAAAACAGUGAAAAGAUAAUGCUAUGUAUUUGUAGUGCUUAACGGCACUUAAUUUUACAGUAGAUUAUUGCUGUUUGUGGUAUGUUGAAGGAUGGAUUUGGGUCAAAUAUAGACAUGAAACUCCGAAGAGAUAAUGAAAAUGUGCAACUAUUGUGGUGGGUUACAUUGUAGAGUCUAGCCAUUGAGACCUUUGAGUGAAAAGAUAUAUUUUCCUUUCUCU